AUGACACAACUACUGGAAAAAGGUCUUGGGCUCGGGGAAGGUAAUAACAACGUAAAAUAAGGCACAAAAUAACUAGUAGUCUCUAAUCAGGUGUCUAAUAGAAAAUGCCUUUGUUAUGUUAUGAGAAUCGGACUGUAUGUGAUUUAACACAACAGAGAUUUUUGACUUUAUGCAAGAGGGAAUGGCUGUUACACACAAAAUAAUAAAAUAUAAAACUUUAAUAAUAAAAAAUAUUAUUCAUGACAACAGUGACUCUUUCAUUUCAGAAUGUACUCUUGUCAUAAUCCAGUUAAGCAAUUCCUCACGACUUUUGUGCUUGAUAGCCAUGUAAAUGUGUUAUGACAUUAAUUUGUUCACUCGGGUCUUUUAUAGCAUCUAUCCUAUAUUUUUUAUCCUCGUAUAUACAGAAAAUGCUCAGUAAACACUCUUUCGAUUCUAAUGGUUGUUGAAGUAUAUUCUGAGUCCUCGCGCAGGUUAAAAUAAAUUGAAGCUUUAAGAAUUAAUUAUUACUUUAAUUUACUUUUUAGGAGAAGAAACAGGACUCCCCUUCUCCCCAGAAGCUAUAAGUGAGUGGAUGUGCAGAAGUUAUCAGGAGACAGACAAAUCCUGUUACGUUGCCAAAGACAACCUUUUUAGCGAUGCCGUCGACUACUUUAAAGUUCAGGAUAACACAGUGGAGAAGAGACAUUUUUUCGAAACACUAGGUCGCUAUGUCUUUGGAAAACACCCAAACUUCAUGUCAAUCAAUCUUAAAUCGAAGAAACAAAUAAGAGGACUGAAAAAAAGGGAAAAAUCACAGACAUCAGGCAAUGCUACGACGGAGUUAAAAAGGAUCGGGACAGAUGCACAGAAGGACGAUCCCGGGAAAAACAGAAUAGAUCUUAAGGCACCAGGAAUGACAGAUAAACAGAAAGAAGGAAGCAGGGAAGAUGAUAGGAAAUUGAAACAAACUUGCGAAAACGCGUUGCAAAUAACAUGUGAAGAGAUGGAAAGUAACAAAAAGGAUAAACCAGAACUGGAAAAACAGAGAAGUGAACACCAA